AUGUUGCUUUUCACCAGCCCUUCAGACCGGUUCCUCCAGGGCACGAAAAUGAAUAAAUUAGGCAUUGAUUCCAGCGGUUCCAAGCGUUCAAAGCUGGGUUAUCACCCAAUGUCUUUCACAAUUGCGUGGUUGCUUCAAGGAUUAGACAUUCAGUAUAUGACAGAACUGCUCCAUCACCAAACACAGUUUGCCAGAGGCUUAAAAGUUUUGGACCACUCAGUUGUCAGUUUCAAAAUUGAUUUCGCUGUCGCUAGCGUUACAAAAUCAUGA